UCGAAGCAUCCCCAUUUGCCAGAAUUAACAAAUCAACAAACAAAGCUUUGUAAAAAAAUAAAGAAAGAAAAGAAAAGAAAAGAAGCAGGCAAUGGCCAUAGGCAAGGUAGACGAGAAGCAGCAGCUUAUCCUAAAGAAAAGAAACGAAGAGCUAGAAAGAGCCCUCAAGGAAAGCAAGCAGAGGGAAGAGCAGAUGAGAGAAGAGCUGCAGAAGACAUGGCGGAGACUCCAAGUGGCGGAGGAAGCGGAGGAGCGGCUUUGCACACAGUUAGGUGAGCUAGAAGCUGAGUCUGUUCAUCAGGCGCGUGCGUACAACGCUCGAAUCCUUUCUCUCCUGGACCAGCUCUCUCAGGCUCACCAUCUCCUCCAUAAUCAACCAACUAGCAAUUAAAGUAUAUAAAUAUACAUGUUGUGUGUAUUAAUUAUGUAGUUUAGAUCUCCUUGGACUCUUCCUAUCUUAUUUGUUAUUGAAAGAGUCUAUUUUUAUGUAAAAAACAUAUCUGAGAUUUGAUUUCUUUAUUUGUGUUUGAAAUUGAUAUUGGGAAGACAGAUUUCGUUCGCGUGGCC